AUGGAGAACGUGUCUAAAUGGAGAACGUGUCUAAAUGGAGAACGUGUCUGCAUGGAGAACGUGUCUAAAUGGAGAACGUGUCUAAAUGGAGAACGUGUCUGCAUGGAGAACGUGUCUAAAUGGAGAACGUGUCUGCAUGGCAAGUUCUUGAACAUGAUCAAACCAAUAAUAUUUGCAAUGCCACUUGGGAUGUCUCUGAUCUCAGCCCUGCUCGUCUUCCUCCUGGUCACCACCACGUGCUCCCCCGCUGUCUGCACUUAUCCCCGUUUCUCCAGAAAUGACACUUCAUUUGAGCACCUGGUCCUACACCCAGACCCCUCUGUAGGCACGGUCUACGUGGGGGCCAGGGACCAUCUCUUCCAACUGGACGGGUUGGACGGCCUGCGUCUGGAGCAGGAGGAGAGGAACGGCCCAGUGACUGAUAGUAAGGAGUGUCUUCCCCCUGUCACAGAGGCCAACUGCCCCCAGGCCCGGCACACCUCCAACCACAAUAAGCUGCUCCUGGUGGACCCCUCAGCCAUGGAGCUCAUCACCUGUGGUAGUGUCCACCAAGGCACCUGCCAGAAGCGCAGCCUAACCUCUGUGAAGGAGGUGCUGUUCUCCACAGAGAGGCCGGUGGAUACCCAGUACGUGGCGGCCAACGACCCGGGGGUGUCCACCGUGGGGCUGGUGGUGGGGCCCCGAGGCGGGGAGCGGGCCGUGCUCUAUGUGGGCCGUGGUUACACAAGCAGCCAUCCGCCCAUCUCCACACGCCAUCUGGCCAACGAGCCUGUGUUCUCAUAUGACGAGACCGCCAAGCUGGCUGUGGCGGGAAGGCUUUCGGAGUACGACCACCAUUUUGUAGCUGCCUUCGCUCGGCGUGGGCAUGUGUACUUCUUGUUCUAUCGUCGUGACAUUAAGGCUGUGACGCGGGAAUACCGUACGUAUGCUGCCCGCGUGUGUCUGGAUGACACCUCCUACUAUUCCUAUGUAGAGGUACCCCUGGUGUGUCACUCCUCCUCUACCUCCUCCCCAGAGAGGAACUACAACCUUCUGCAGGCAGCCCAGGUGGGUCAGGGUGGCGGCAGAGAGGGGGAGAAAUUGCUUGGGGUCUUCUCCACCUGGGCCAGCUCCUCCAACGGGCCCUCAGAUGACUCGGCUCUGUGUGUGUACCCCCUGGACGAGCUGGACAGACACAUCGACUCCACACGAGACCUGUGCUACACGCAGGAUGGCCGGGUGGAGGGAGGAGGGGACGUGGCCUACAUCGAGUACGAGGUCAAGUCCAGCUGUGCCAACUUACCCAUGAACACCCUGAAGGCUUAUCCCUGUGGCUCUGACCACACCCCCAGUCCAAUGGCCAGCAGGGUGCCCAUAGAAGCUGAGGCGGUAUUGGACAGCCCGUCCGCCCGUCUCACCGCUGUGGCUGUCAGUGUGAGGGCGGGGCACACAAUUGCCUUUUUAGGAGACUCUAAAGGGAAUUUGCACAAGGUGUUCCUAGGCUCUGGGGGUAGGGUGGAGAGGUACUCCUCCAUACUCAUCCAGCCCAACUCACCCAUCAGCAGUGACCUCCUCCUGGACCAGAUGGAGACGCACAUCUACAUCAUGACCAGCACAAUGGUGGAGAAGCGGCCGGUGGCAGAGUGUGGAGAUCACCUGGACUGUCAGUCCUGUCUCUCAGCCCGAGAGCCGUACUGUGGCUGGUGUGUUCUGGAGGGCAGGUGUGGCCAGCGUUUCCAGUGCAGUCGGGGGGCUCUGCAGGGCCAGUGGCUGUGGAGCUUUGACCAGCAGCAGCAGUGUCUCAGUAUCCAAUCCCUAAGCCUGUAUAACAUCAGCCUUGGAGUGGAGACAGACAUUGCUGUUUCAGUGAAGGGGUUGCCCAGUCUAGUGGAAGGCGAAGCAUACAAAUGUUUCUACCAGGAUGUGGAAAGUCCUGCCAACGUCACAGACACUGGUGUGACCUGCUCUACCCCCGACGCCAGCAGGCUGCCUCUUAUUGGCCAAGGAGAAGACUUCGUCACCGUCCCUCUGUCCCUUCGCUUCCUCAAUGUGACAGUGGCUGCUUGGGAGUUCACCUUCUUUGACUGUGGCGUGGUCCAACAGCUCUCUGGAGGCAUGCCGUGCAGAGGGUGUGUGAGCAGUCACUGGGGCUGUAACUGGUGUAUUCACCAGCACUUCUGCACCCCGAACAUUUCCUGUGAUGAGGGAGUCACAAUUUACAACAAACACGUAUCUGUUAGGACCACUCCCCCAGUCCCAGACAGCAUGGAUGUGCCCUUAGCCACUCCCCCCACCACCCCCGAGCCCACUGCAGUCCCCACCACCCUCUCACAAACCAUCGCCACCACCACACCUUCAAACACACUGGCCACCCAGGCUACGACUACACUGGAAGUGACUACCAGUCUGCAGGCAGGGGCCAUCGCAGAAGAGACCAAAGUGGAGGGAGACGGAGACAGGAGUCUCCCCAGGACUACUGGCGGAACAGAGCAGACAACAGUCACCAGGGUUGAGCUGCUAGACUGGCCCGAGGCUCUAGAGACUGUGUUUCCUAGUAGUACUGCUGGACUGACUGGCCUCACUGGGAUGGAGCCCUCGUCCCCUGACACCACCUCAACCAUCUCCAGUGGUGUCCCCCUGUUAGGGGACCUGCCCACUGGCUCUGACAGGGAUGAGAUCCCCCUGGCCCCCUUCCAAGGUACAGCCUCACCCCCCUGGACCAGGGAAUGGGACAAGGGGGAGGGAGAGACCGAGACAAAGAUGGACCCUGCAACAUCCUCUGCCACAGUGCCCUCUGGAGUUGAUGAACCAAACCAGCCCUCUCAAUCAUUUACCCUCACACCUAACCCUGAGUCUGAGUCUCCACCAGUCUACCAGUCUGGCUCCUUUGCUCUGCUGGACUGCCCGUGUGUGGAGAUGGUCCAGGGCUCCUCUCUACUUCCUGUUAAUGUGGAGCGGAAGAUCACUCUGGUGGGACGCCACCUUCACCUCUUCCAGGAUGAGGGUCUGGACUAUGAGUGUGUCCUGACCAUCGAGGGGCGUUCAGUGGUGGUGGACGCGUACGUGGAGACAGAGGACACCCAGCCCUCUCUCUACUUCAUCACCUGCCAGCUACACCAGUACGCUUAUACUGCCUUUGUGGAGGAGUACGAUGCCGUGAUCAAUGUGAGGAGGAGAGACACCUUUCAGAUUGAUAGUGCUGAUGACCUUCAUGUGACGUUGUUUAACUGCUCUGUGGGCCGGUCAGACUGCAGCCGGUGUCGUACGGCUGAUCAGAAGUACGGCUGUGUGUGGUGCGGGGGAACUCGUUCCAGAUGCAGUUUCCGGGACUCCUGCGCUGGCGAGAUCAAGCAGUCCUGCCCAGCACCCGUCAUCCACUUUAUGGAGCCCAUCUCUGGACCAGUAGAUGGUGGUACUGUGGUGACCAUCUCAGGCUCCAAUCUGGGACAGAAAGCAGAAGACAUCCAGAACUCUGUCACUUUAGCUGGUGUCCCCUGCACGGUCAUCAACAGCAGAUAUGAGAUCUCCUCAAGGAUUGUGUGUGAGACCACAGCCAGUGGGGGACAGAAGAGUGGCCAGGCCUCAGUCGAGGUGAGAGGAGGAGGACUUGGAUUCUCCGGUCAAAGGUUCAGCUUCCAGGACCCAGUUCUGAUGGAGAUAGCCCCUCAUAAGGGGCCCAAGGCUGGGGGCUCUGCGUUGACCGUAAUGGGCCAGAGCCUGAAGACUGGACAUCUCAGUGAGGUCAGCGUGCUGAUUGGAGGAGUCCCAUGCCUCAUCUCCUCGGAGGUCAUGGAUGACCAGAUUACAUGUAUGACUGGUGGCAGCAACAGAACCGGAGCACAUGGAAUCACUGUCCGAUUUGGUAGAGCAGAGCGCCAUCUAGAGGGAGACAUUUACUAUUACACCUCAGACCCUAACGUAACCAUGGCUACACCCUCCAAAAGCUUUCUCAGUGGUGGAAGACUAAUACGUGUGUCCGGACAAAACCUGGAUGUAGUCCAGGAUCCCAGAAUCCGGGUGACCGUUAGUCCUCUGGAAUGUAGAGAAAUCCCACUCAAGAGGCAAAGACGGAUAGUUCCUGAGCCAGACUGUCCUGAAGACAUGCUCUGUGUUGUCAAACAGUUUGAGACGCACUGUGCCGUGAGCAGCUCCUCUCUGAUGCUGUGCCCUACGCCUGCCGUGGGGACGGAGGCCCACAAUGCCCGGGUCAAGGUGGACUUCCUACUGGAUAACCUGCACUUUGACUUCAGCGCUGUGGGCAGCGGGGCUUUCAGUUACGAGCUCAACCCCAUCCUAAUCCCACUGAACCAGAAUGACCCCAGCAAACCCUACCAGCACAAACCUGGCAGCAUCAUCUCUGUGGAGGGGGAGAACCUGGACCUGGCCAUCUUUAAGGAGGAGGUGGUGGCUCUGAUCGGGGAUGGGGUGUGCUCGGUGAAGACCUUGACCCAUAACCACCUCUACUGUGAGCCUCCAUCCCAGCAGCCCUCAGUGAUGGCCAGCAAGAAGCAGGAGGGCAUGGAUUCUCUCCCCGAGUUCACUGUCCAGAUGGGCAACCUGAACUUCUCCCUGGGCAGAGUGCAGUAUGACACCCAGGUCCAGUCCACCUUCCCCCUGGAGGCCCAGGUGGGCGUGGGGGUGGGGGCCUCCAUCGUAGCCCUCAUUGUCCUCGUCAUAGUGCUCAUAUACAGGAGGAAGAGCAAACAGGCCGUGAGGGACUACAAGAAGGUCCAGAUUCAGCUGGAGAAUCUGGAGACCAGUGUGAGGGACCGCUGCAAGAAGGAGUUCACUGACCUGAUGACUGAAAUGAUGGACUGUUCCAGUGACCUGGUGGGUUCUGGUAUCCCCUUCCUGGACUACAGGGCGUAUGCAGAGCGCAUUUUCUUCCCUGGCCACCGGGAGUCGCCACUGAGGCGAGAGUUGGACGUGCCGGAGUGCCGUAGACAGACGGUGGAGCAGGGGCUGGUUCAGUUGUCCAACCUCCUCAACAGCAAACUAUUCCUCACCACGUUCAUCCACACCCUGGAGGUGCAGCGGACCUUUUCGCCUCGGGACCGGGCUUACGUGGCCUCCCUGCUCACCGUGGCCCUGCAUGGGAAGCUGGAGUACUUCACUGACAUCCUGAAGACUCUGCUCAACGACCUGGUGGUGCAGUACAUGGCCAAGAACCCCAGACUGAUGCUGCGAAGAACUGAGUCAGUGGUGGAGAAGCUGCUGACCAACUGGAUGUCCAUGUGUCUGUUUACCUUCCUGAGGGACACUGCAGGGGAAUCCUUCUACAUGCUGUUCAGAGCCAUUAAACACCAGGUGGACAAGGGACCGGUGGACGUCGUGACAGGAAAGGCCAAGUAUACACUCAACGACAACAGGCUGCUCCGCGAGGACGUAGAUUACAAAACCCUGACACUGAAUGUCCUCAUGCCAGCGACAGGCAACGGUGGCGUGCCCCAGACGGCUCCUGCCAAGGUGCUGGACUGUGACACCAUAACCCAGGUGAAGGAGAAGCUCCUGGAGCAAGCAUGGAAGGGCAUGUCCUUCUCCCAGAGGCCCCACACAGACUCUCUCCACCUGGAGUGGCGUGCGGGCACGGCAGGUCACCUGAUUCUGUCUGACGAGGACCUGACGUCAGUGGUGCAGGGCUCCUGGAAACGCCUCAACACCCUGCAGCAUUACAAGGUUCCGGAUGGAGCCACUGUUGCACUGGUACCCCGGAACACCAAACACGUCCACAAUGACAGCCAUGAUUACAUUCCUGGAGAGAAGACACCCAUGUUGGAUGAUGGGGACGAGGGAGGCGUGAAGCUCUGGCACCUGGUGAAAGCCAACGAGGAGCCAGACCUUCCCAAACACAGGCGUGGCAGCCUGAGGGAGAGAGAGAGGGCCAAAGCCAUCCCUGAGAUCUACCUCACCCGCCUACUCUCCAUGAAGGGCACACUGCAGAAGUUUGUGGAUGACUUGUUCACAGUGAUCCUGAGCACUAACCAGCCAGUUCCCAUGGCUGUCAAGUACUUCUUUGACCUGCUGGAUGAGCAGGCUCUGCAGCACAACAUCACAGACUCUGAGACCAUCCACAUCUGGAAGACUAACAGUUUACCCCUGAGGUUCUGGAUUAACAUCCUGAAGAACCCUCAGUUCAUCUUUGACGUUCAGGCAUCAGACCACGUGGACGCUGUGUUGUCUGUCAUAGCCCAGACCUUCAUGGACUCCUGUACCAUUGCAGAGCACAAGCUGGGCAGGGACUCUCCUAUCAACAAGUUGCUGUAUGCCAGAGAUAUCCCACGGUACAAGCAGAUGGUAGAGAGAUACUAUGCUGACAUCAGGCAGACCAUUUCUGCCAGUGACCAGGAAAUGAAUUCUGCACUUGCAGAACUGUCUCGAAAUUAUGCUGGCGAGGUGAACUACCUUGUGGCCCUGCAUGAGCUGUAUAAGUACAUCAACAAGUACUAUGAUCAGAUCAUCACUGCUCUAGAGGAGGACUCUACAGCUCAGAAGAUGCAGCUGGGAUACAGGCUCCAGCAGAUCUCGGCUGCCGUGGAGAAUAAAGUCACUGACCUAUGAUGACAGAGUGGCCCUGAGACAGGGGACAGGCCACGACACUGAGAUGACAGAGUGGCCCUGAGACAGAGGACAGGCCACAACACCGAGAUGACAGAGUGGUCCUGAGACAGGGGGCAGGCCGCAACACUGAGGAGAAGACAACUGCUGAGAUGAGUAGUCCCAAAUGAAAGAAAUGUGUGAAAAGGAGGAAGACACAGUGAAAGGAACAUACAGGGUAGAAUUUCAUACAGGGUGUGAUUUCAUACAGGGUGAGAUUUCCCUCUCUUUUUGGCAGACUGAAGGAAGGAAAGAAGGAAGAUGGUUGAGGGGCACUCAAUAGCCACAUCCUCGUGGAGUUCCUGAUCAUAGAUUCUCCUGAUGAGCUG